AUGAAAUCUCUCCAGAGCAUUUACAAUGACUCUAUUGAGUUCACACCUGCAAUAUUCACUCUUGUUGGCAUCCCAGGAUUGGAGACAGAGUAUACCUGGAUAUCUAUCCCCUUCUGCCUGAUGUACAUUGUCAUCUUCUUAGGAAAUGGCAUCAUAAUUCAUGUUAUUCGCAAUGACUCUUCUUUGCAUCAACCCAUGUACUUCUUUUUGGCCAUGUUGGCCUUUGUUGAAAUUGGUGUCUCUACUUCCACCAUGCCCACUGUACUAGGUAUUUUCCUCUUUGGCAUUAAUGAAAUCAGUUUUGGAGGUUGUCUGCUCCAAAUGUUUUCCAUGCACUCUUUUACACUCAUGGAGUCAGGUGUUCUUCUGGCGAUGUCUAUAGACCGCUUUGUAGCCAUCUACAGCCCUCUGCGUUACACAGUUAUCCUGAGAAUUUCUCGCAUCACUGGUAUGUGUGCUUCCAUUGCUUUGAGAAGUGUAACACUUAUGUUCCCAAUGGUCAUACUCCUGAAACGUCUGCCUUUUUGUGGCCAUAACACUCUCAGACACUCCUAUUGCCUUCAUUCGGAUCUAAUCAAGUUGCCCUGUGGGGACACCCGGCCCAAUAGCAUUCUGGGAUUAUUUGUUAUUACGGUUACAUUUGGACUCGACAUUUUACUCAUUGUCAUUUCUUAUGUACUGAUUCUUCACACAGUAGUGAAAAUAGCUUCUGGGGCAGGACGAUGGAAGGCACUCAACACAUGUGUGUCGCAUAUCUUUGCUGUGCUUGUGUACUAUGUGCCCUUGAUCAGCCUCUCCUUGGUGCAUCGCUUCGGGAAGCAUUCACCUCCACUUCUUCAGAUUUUGAUGGCUAAUGUCUAUCUCUUCUUCCCACCUGUGGUCAACCCCAUUGUCUAUAGUAUCAAAACCAAGGAAAUUCGCAAUAGCAUUGUUCGUACUCUGUCCAGAAAGAGAAUGAUGUCCACUGAAGAGAGAUAA